GUAAUAGUCUAGGUUAAACGUAUGCACGCAGGUGUACGUGUGUGUGUGUCAUAUAAAACCAUGCAGAUCAUCUUAAAGGUUUCACUUGUUUUCAUCUCUGUCUGACUGAACUGUCUCGUCCAGCUCGACACAUCACUAAGUUAAGCCAUGGCGACCAAAAUGGUCAUUGAUCAGCCCAAGCCAGUUAUAAUGAGUCCAGCUGUGGAACAGUGGUCCAGUGGGAUUUGUGAAUGUGACAGCAUCUGUGACUGUUGCAUGGCAGCUUGGUGUUACCCUGUCUUUAACUGCAUCACUUCUAAGGACCAUGGCGAGUGUCUGUGUCUGCCUCUGUUAGAGUGUUGGGGAUUCGUCCCACCCAUUACCAUGGCAAUGAGAGUGUCCACCAGACUCACAUAUGGAAUCGAGGACACCAUUUGUAACGACUGCGUGUAUGCCUGCUGCUGUGGCCCUUGCUCCUGGUGCCAGAUAAGACGUGAGAUGAAGGCCCGUCACCAUCCUGUCACAAGCUUUCUGAGGAAGAAAUAACAUUGCCAUCAUGAUCAUCAUCCUCACCGUCACCGUCAUCAUCAUCAUCAUCAUCAUCAUCAUAAUCCUACAUCAGAUGAAUAUUAAUGCUAUCAGAAUCAUCAAAGUGACAACAGAGACACUUUUGUGCAUCCUUUGUUAAUUCACUGUUUGGGGCCUCAGGUCUGAUAUGUGUCAAAAUGCUCAUGUAUGAAGACGUAUAGUUUCUUACAAAAAAUAACAAUACUGUAAAAUGUUCAGUGGCCCGUUUAUUUUAUUUAUAAUGAUGCCUGUAUAAUAUUUACUUAAUUAUCACUUGUGUUAAUUGUGCUGAUUCUUAAACACUUAAAAACUUUUUUUUAAGUUUUAAAAAGAGUUUUUGUCUAAAUAUAUAAACAAACAUGAAUAAAAUAUUGUCAAAAAUGAU